GAAGGAACGGACUAUGCUCCCGGAGAUGUACUUCAAGGACAUGACAAUUAUGUUACCGCACUCGCUGUUUACACACCCCAGGAUCCCGUGGACCACUUAAUCUACACCGGCUCCAAUGACAAACUUAUUCGAGCUUUUUCAUUCGGCCAUGGAAGUCCCAAGUUCGUCCUUAAGGGUCAUUCGGACACAGUUUGUGGAAUCAGCGUGGACAAGUUCAAUACACUAGUUAGUGUAUCGUGGGACAAGACCGCGAAAGUUUGGAAGAAUGGAAAGUGCUUAUCUACGAUUAAAGGUCACGAAUCCGCCGUGUGGUGUGUGCUUUAUAUCGCCGGCUCAGAGUUGGAGUUUGAAAUCGCGACGGGAUCCGCAGAUCGUUCAAUCCGCCUCUGGAAAGUCGUCUUAUCCCCUGACCAUUCAGAGGCCAGUUUUUCUUUGGUUCGUUCCUUCCUGGGCCACGCUGAUUGCGUUCGAAGUUUGGCGGCUCUGGACCAGCAUCGAUUUCUCUCUGCCAGUAAUGAUGCCAGUAUCCGUGCCUGGGAUUUGCGAACAGGCACUUGUGUCGGGGAGUUUUACGGACACACAAAUUUUGUGUAUAACGUAGCCACCCAAGUCGGUGUACCGGUGUUUGUCUCCUCCGGAGAAGAUCGUAGUGUGCGCGUGUGGUCUAUACCAGGAGAGCAGGAGUGGGCCGAAGGUAGACAGUUCAAUGCUCUACAAUCCAUCCCACUCCCUUGUCAAUCUGCUUGGUGUGUGACUUUGUCAUCGAAGGGUGAUAUCAUAGUGGGUGGCAGUGAUUCUAUCAUUCGUUUAUUUUCCUCCGAACCUACACGCCAAGCCUCAGCUGAUGCGAUUAAAACAUAUGAGGCGGAAUUGGCCAGUUCGGAAAUCCAGGCACCAAACGCUUCGGACAUGGGCGAUCUUAAUAUGGACAAACUCCCGGGGAUCGAAGCUCUGCUGUGUCCUGGCAAGCGUGAAGGACAAGUCAUUAUGAUCAAACAAGACAAUCGGAUACUGUGUUAUCAAUGGUCCAUGGCUGAGUCACGCUGGAUGGAAAUUGGUGACGUAGUCGGAGCACAAAGCCCCAACGCGGCCAUGUUCGAAGGCAAGGAGUAUGAUUUUGUCUUCACAGUGGAUAUUGCAGACCAUCUUCCUCCGUUGAAGCUACCCUACAAUCGUUCACAAGAUCCGUGGUUUGCCGCCCAAGAAUUUCUUCAGAGAAAUGAUUUACCAGCGGAUUACUUGGAUACCGUGGCCAACUUUAUUAUACGUAAUGCUGGACCGCUGAUCAGUCCACCCACCACAAGCCAAUCUGAAUAUGUGGAUCCAUUUACCGGAAGUAGUCGGUACAUUCCCGGGGGAGGUUCACAGACGACCGCUCCUCCCCAGGAGCCACUGGAAACGUACUUCCCCGCUGAUUCUUUUAUUCCGCUCAAGAACAUCAGUCUAGCUCCUUUGUUAGAUAAAAUCUUCCCGGUGCUCGAUCUUUUACGCUGUUUGGUCUUUUGGCGCCAAGCUUGUCGAGUUAUCCUGUCACCAAACCACUGGUCACGAAUUUCCGAAGUCAGCUUGAAUCAUCCGGAUACUCCACCAGCGAACUUAUUACUAGUACUUCGUCUGAUGUCUAACGUGCUGGCCGCGGAUGGUCCCGGAUACUUGAAAUCCUCAGGAACCUAUGAUUCAGAUGCACUGAUUACUGUGAUCAACUGGGCACCGUCAAUGGGACAGUUUGUUCAGAAUAGCAAGUUCGAUUUCACCACCCGCAAACCGCACCAGAUCGCUUUCGCAACCCUGAUACACAAUUUGACUGUACUGAGCCACCGAUUGAGCGCCUGUCCUGUGGCAUCCACCAGAAUACCUCAUUUGAUCACCAUACCCGGCACAGCUCUGCUUACUUUGACCAAUCCCGAAGGUGACACGCCGGAUGAAGAGUUGCAGAAAACGCGUCGGAUCCGUUUUGUUGCAUCGGCCGCUGUCGGGAUUCUGUUACAGGACGUGGACACCAAAUCCAUGGAUGAAGUCGAGUCUGAAUUGAUUGCAUGGGAACGUGCGCAAAAGGUGUUUCGCUAUUGGGCCGACACACCAGCCGCGUUGCCCAAAGUGCGUUCGUGUGCGGCUGCGUUGCUUCGACUUCUAGAGUGA